UACUGAGCAGAGAGCUAUGACACGUAGGACAGUUUAUUCGGACCAAUCAGAAACAUGCUUUUUGCCACGUCAGAUGGCCUCACGGAUUGCUUUCGUUUAAACUCACGGGCCUUGGGGUUUUAUUUCUUUGCCCCAUCCGACGCAGCACGAAGCCCAAAUACGAAGCACGAAGCCCACACGUUAGACUGCUCGACUUUGCCCCAUCCGACGCAGAUCACACAAUUAUACCUAGCCGUCGAAGAUGGCGAUUCUUCUCACCCGUCCCUCUUCGUCUUCUCCGAUCGAAAUCAACGAUAACUAAGCGAUCCACAUUCAAUACUUUCGUACCAAUCAAUCAAUACCUCCUUAAAUGAUUUCGUUUCACCUCCCUCUCUUCCUCCUCCUUUAUAUGCUGUUCUUCUUUUCUUCGUACUAACUAAAACCCUAGAACCACUCAGAUCUCAAACCAUGGCGAUGAAGCGAAAUGGAAAGUCUCCAGUCUCAUCCGACACUGACGAAAAAUUCAUGUUCUUCAAAGAUGUCUCUCUAGGUCCUCAUGAAACUCAAUUGCGCUUCCGGCUCAUCCAUUUCUGGGAGGCUCGAAAUCCGAUGAAGAAGACAAUUAUUGGCCUGGAAAUGCUCCUCAUCGACGAGCAGGGAACUGUCAUUCAGGGAUUCAUCCCACCAGGACGUAUCAAGAAGUACUUGCCUGAUAUGAAGGACGGGUCAGUUUAUAGGCUCAACAACUUCUACGGGUCGAAAAACAAACCUAUGUAUCGGGUGGCUGAUCAUAUCGCAACCGUGUCUUUCACAUGGAAUUCUGAAUUGUCGGUCCUUCACGAGAUUCCAACCUGUUUCGAUGAAGACCGUUUCAGGUUUCAUUCAUAUGAAGAUUUUGAAGCUAACUGUGAUAUCAAAGGUGACCUCUACGAUGUUGUGGGCCACAUGAAGCUGGUCAAUGGACAUACUCUUAUUGAGCGUCCCACACCUGAUGAAGUGAAGAUCGAUACCACUCGACACAUUAUGGUUCAUGUGCAAUCGCAUGACGGACCUGUCAUGAAGCUCUACCUUUGGGACCAGGCUGCAGCAGACUUCUGCAAGAAGUUUAACUCAUAUGACAACACUCCCACAGUGCUUUUGGUCACAGCUGUUAACACCAAACGUCUCGGAGUUUCAUUGCUCGGCUCAAACCCGAAGAUUGCUAAGCAAGUUAGUGCAGACGUCGUCACCAAGCGUGAGACAUUGACUAUAGCAGAUAUAUUCAGUUACAUGAAGCAAGAAUCUGCAAAGGAUGCCUUUUUUGAAUGCACUGCUACUAUCGAUGAUGUUGUUCAUGGCUCAGCUUGGUACUAUAUUGGAUGCAGUGGAUGCCAUGCUAAGGCUACCAAAGGCGCAACAUCUUUGGUUUGUACAAACACGAAAUGUGAGAAGAUCAACACAGCUGGUGUCCCUCAGUACCGUGCAAAGAUAUCUGUUUAUGACAACAGUGACCAAGCCGUUUUUGUCCUACUAGGUGAUGAUGGUCGUGUGUUAACCGGAAGGCACGCAUCAGAGUUAGUUAGCAGAUACUUUGAGGUGAUAUAA